GGGGCUACGCUCCCGGAUGUUCCUUUCCCUUCAGCUGCACCGGGAUCGCCUCUCCCUCGCUCCGUCCUCCUCUGUGGGGCCGCAGGGGACUCGGGCCGGGAACGGACAUGGACUCCGUGGUCUUUGAGGAUGUUAAUGUGGAGUUCACCAUGGAGGAGUGGGCUUUCCUGGAUCCCACCCAGAAGAAACUCUACACGGAUGUGAUGUUGGAAACCUUCUGGAACCUGGCAUCAGUAGCAUGUAGUUUAGAAGAAAACUGUGGAGACCGUGACAAUGAAGAUCGGUAUGAACAUCAUGGAAUGAAUCUUAGCAGUCAUAUGGUAGAGAGACUCUGUACAAGGAAGGAUGGUAGUCAAUGCAGAGAGAACUUCAGACAGAUUCCCAAUCCUAAUGAAAGGAAGAAAACUCCUGAAAUACAACCACCCACAUCUAGGUUGUGUAGACAAGUCUUCAUGCGUUAUUUAUCCUUUAAUAACCUUGUGAGCUCUGACACUGGACCCCAGAUCUACCAGUGUGAGGAACAUGAAGAGAAGCCUUAUAAAUGUAAGGAAUGUGGGAAAGCUUUCAAGCAUCUCCGAUAUAUUAAUGUACAUGAAAAGAAACACAGCGGAGAAAGACCCUAUGAAUGUACAAAAUGUGGUAAAGCCUACAGGUAUUUGAGUAACUUAUGUCGACAUGUAAGAACUCAUACUCAAGAGAAAGUCUAUGAGUGUAAGAAGUGUGGGAAAGCCUGGAGUUCCCUCCUCAUAUUUCAAAGACACAUGAUCAAGCACACUAGAGAUGGACCUUUUACAUGUAAAGAGUGUGGGAAAGAAUUCCGAUGCCCAAGAAACUUUCGACACCAUGAAAUGAUACACCACGGAGAAAGGCCCUAUGGAUGUAACGACUGCGCGAAAGCCUUCAGUUCUCUCAAAUAUCUCAAAAGCCAUAAGAGGACUCAUGAUGGAAAGAAGCCCUAUGAAUGUAAGGAAUGUGGCAAAGCUUUCCGUUAUCCUACUUCCCUUAGAAAUCAUGAAAUAGCUCACACAGGGGAGAAACCCUAUGCGUGUAAGCAAUGUGGGAAAGCCUUCAGUCGUCUCAGUUACUUUCAAGUUCAUGAAAAAACUCACAGUGAAGAGAAGCCAUAUGAGUGUAAACAGUGUGGCAAAGCGUUUCGUUCUCUCAAGUCCUCUCGAGUCCACGAAAGAACACACAAUGGAGAAAAGCCCUACGAAUGUGUGGAGUGCGGCAAAAUCUUCAGUUACUCAAGCAGUUUACAUAAACAUCUGAAAACACACUCGAGAGAGAAACCCUGUUAAUGUGAAGAACGUGGGAGAGCCCUAUUUAUGUUUCAACGGUGCAGACACCUGUGAUGCUCCAGAUUGAGGAUGGACCCUCGGAAUGUCAGGAGGGUUAGAAAGCAUUCCUUCCUUCCAGUGUUUUAUAUGGAAUGGGAGAACUCACACUGAAGAGAGGACUUGUCAAUAUGAAGAUUGUAGAAAAGCCUUGGGUUGCCCUAGUUCUUACAAAGCCACACCCAAGAAUAAGUCUACGAAUAUAAGGAACGUGGGAGAGCCUUUCUUGGACAUGUAAGAACAUACAUAGAGCGUAUAAAUAUAGAGAAUGUGCAGAAGCCUUCAGCUGUCCCCUUUUCUUGGAAAGGCCAUGAAAAAACUCAAAAGUGGAGAGACUUCUGUUGAAUGUAAACAACGUAGGAAAACCUUCAUUUAGCCUCAUAUCCCCACAAUGCCAUGUGAGAAUGUACACUGAAUAGGUAUUGUAUAAUGCUGGAGAGGACAAACUUUUAAAAAAAUACAUUCAGAGGAGCUUGUAAACUGCACUGGAAGGCAAUCAUAUUGCUGUAACUAGCACAUGUAAGCCAGGUGCAAAUUAAUUCCUAUACUUCCAAAAAUCCACAACAUGAAAGAAAUGCUAUAAGCAUUUAGACAUCUGUGGUCAUUAACACUGACUCAUUCUUAAAGUGAAUCUCUGAAGUACGGAAUUCUCCUUUUGCAAGUAGAGGUUAUAUCAUUCUGUCAAAACUCUGUAAGCCAGAGUUUGUAACUUUAACAGGUUUUUUUUGUUUGUUUGUUUGUUCUUGUUUUUUUGCCUUGUAGUCAGAUAAACAUUACAUCCAUGGGUGAAUGGAAGUGGUUUACUAAUAUGCAAGUGGGUUUAGCAUUUAUGUAAUUUUUGUAAUUCUGUAAGGAAAGGAACAUUGAAAAAUGAUACUUGGGUAUUUGUUCUCUUUCCCUACUGGCCUCCUGUGACAAAUAUUGAAUAAAUAUGCCUCACCUAUAUAUAUAUAUAGUCUAUUUUAACAGAAAAGUGCCUUUUCAUUGGCUUGAAGAGCCUUACUUCAUUUUUCUGUAAAUAUGUUUUUUAACUUUUCCACUACAGUUGACAUUCAGUAUUAUUUAAGUCAAUAAAUAUUUGCGAUAUAUUUGUACAUAUGC